CGAGCAGCUGCAGUCUGUCUCGACAACAGUGAAACGAUGUCGGACCUGAGAAGCCUCUCACGCGAAUUUCUAACCGAGUUCAUCGAAAUGUAUAAAUCGUUUCCAUGCUUGUGGCGAAUUAAAUCGAAAGAGUACAUGGACAGAUCGAAAAAAAAACACGCAUAUAACGUUCUCUUAACGAAAUUGCAAGAAUUUGAAAAAUCAGCAACGAGAGACACGGUGAAAUCGAAAAUCAACACUCUCCGUGGCGGUUUUCGACGGGAGUACAAAAAAAUACUAGAAUCCAAACGAUCGGGUGAAGUUUACGUUCCGAGUUUAUGGUAUUACGACCUUCUUCUGUUCGUCAAAGAUCAAGAAAUCACACAUUGCGAUAAUCAACAAAAUGAAGAAAGAAGUGACCAAGAGAUUCCACCAUCGGAUUCUAGAGAUGCACCCACAUUAACGGAGGGAAGUCAAGCAGAUAUUGACAGUAGGCAAAAAGAGAUCAAUAGACAUCAAGAAAUCUCCAAGAAGAGGAAGGCUGAUAACCAACCGGAAGCGUCACGAAAAUCUGUCAAAUCGGGAGUAAAGAGGCCACCUAAAAUAAUUAAUUUGAAUAGUAAGCUCAAUUCUAUUGCGGAAGAUUUAAAAAGUAUUUCUGAUGAACUCGUAUGGAGAGAAGAAAAGCCUAACGAGUAUGAGGUCUUCGGAAAUUACGUCGGAAUACAAUUGCAGUCUCUGUUGGAGGAAGAUGCCAUUGUGGCUCAAGAAGAGAUACAAUCAAUUCUAACACGUUAUAAAUUGAAGAAACUAAGAAAUAGAACUGAAAAUUUUUGUGAUGCUAAUGAUAGGGAUAAUAAUCAAUCCCCUUUUUCUGAUUAUAAAUUUCAUCCUUCUGGUCAUGGAACGGCUGGAUCGCAUUCUGACAUUCAAGAUGAUCCAUUCAGAGUUGAGGUCAAAAAUGAAAACGCAGAAAUAUCAGAUGAUGACUUCUGCUAUCCAGAUUGUUGAAAAAAAUUUAUCACAUAUGUAAUUCUCAUUCUCUUCUUUCUUGGGGCAAGAAAAGGCAGCAUAUUUAUAUCAUCAGUUGUAUUAUAUUCGGUACUAAGAAAUAAGUUGUUAUGGGAAACUAUCAAUAAGAGAAUAUACUAACCUUUUCCUUCCACUGAAUUACAAUAUAAGGUGGUUGCGCCUAAAAAGGACCGGUUCCAAAUAAGGUCCAUCUUUUCAAACUUCCCGCACUUGAUACUUAAAAUGAAACUGAUGCCGCCUGGACCCUCCAGAAUUACCAAUCACAAAAUUGCAUCGACAUUCAUUGCUUUCGCGCUGGUCAUUUUGUUUUGCGCGGUUUUAUUGAUAAAACACAGUUAUUAUGCAGUAAUUGUGUAGAAACACUGUUAAAGCGAGGAUUGACGUAUUAAGUUACCGAAAUUAUUGAUUCUUUAUUUUGAUUUUGUUUGAUUUGCCCAGGACAUAUCUAAGGACCAAACAAGGUCCACUUUGUCGUCUCCAAAUAAGGGCCGGACCUUGAUAAGGAGAGGAAGUUUGGAAAAAUGCAUCAGUUAGUCAAAUGACUUAAGUUGCAUACAGAUUACUCUGACGUGACGUGGGCCCAAGUCAUAAUGUGCAUGUUUCAAAAAUAUAACAUACGAUUUAGCGCGGAAGCGUUCAAAUUGAUCUGACAAUGCACGUGUAUUCCCACGUAAAGUCCAAACAAUUUGAA